AUAGUGACCCUGGACUUCCUUGGUACAGCCCUUUUGCCACUUGUUCCCUCUCCCUUUGAAGAUUUUUACCUAGGCAAACUCUAUACCCAACGCACCUUGGCUAAAAAAGAGCAGAAGAUACGCUUCUACGUUGGAUUGUCUGCCACUUCUCUGGGCUCAGGAGGCAUUAGCGCUAUUGUGUGUCCCUUGUGCGCAUACAACCUUGAAGGACAUGGACCAAAGGAGCUUCUGUCAUUUUUCAACAGUGGGACUGUCACAAAGUGGCUGGACCAUGCCAAGGAAAAUGGUGGAGAACACAGCAAAACGCAGGUGGAAAGUACAAAAGCCCUCUUCAGACUCUUUCCCCUCUUUGCUUCUCAGAUCCUUUAUAGGAUGAGUGUGAAGCAGAUACCUUCUGGAUAUUACCUCCAGACAAUGAAUUUGAAUUCAAAUUUGAAUGGAUUUCUCGUUCCAAUUGCGGUUAUGAAGGUGAUCAGCAUCCUGCCCUUUUUUAUUCAAGUUCGUUUGGAGUGCCUCAAUGGGCUCUUCGUUAAUGCCAAAACUAGUGGAUGGUUUCCUACAGCUUAUAUUGUUGUAGGUUACGUGUCUGCUGCCCUGGCGGUGAUAGCAGCUGGUUUUUGGGGGGUACACAGGAAACAUUUCCCUGCGGUGGAGCAAACGCUUUCGGGCAAAAUCCUUCUGGUUUCCUGCACGCCGUGCCUCCAUCUGGCCCCACAAUACAUCUUGCUCAGCGUGGCAGAAGCGCCGGCGACUCCCACCUGUUCUUUAAUUACAUUCAAGUCUGUGCCCGGUGGGAUUUGUGGGAUUGCCAUGCAAGUCUUGACUUUCUUCAGUGGCGCUGGCUGUUUUGUGGCGGCCUUUCUUGUUCAGGCAGCUUAUAUCUGGUCACAAGGCUCCUUGCGAGGUUUCACUUCCGGCGCGCACACAAGAUAUGCCGAGAAACCUCCCAACGAAGAGAAAUUAAGAUGCAACAACUUGCUGGGAGACUACAGCGAAGGGUUCUGAAGGAGUCCUCUUCUCGAGCGGCUACUACAGGAUGAGAAAUCACUUAAAUUUUACAACAGCAUCCUGGAAUGUCCUGCUCUGUUGUCUCCCAUGGAGACUCUCCUGUGA